UAGUUAGUUCUGGCGCAGCGCUCGUCGCGUGCACUUCGAAUGCGCUCCGCGUUCGUUCAUCUUCAUCUCUCUUUUUCUGUCUCUCCCUCUCUUGCUUUCUGUGUCGCUUCAUACAUAUAUAUAUAUACAUACGCACAUAUAUAUGUAUAUAACUUGCUCUCGCUUUGUCUAUCAUUAUUUCUCUUUCAUAUAUAUUUUUUUUUUUUUAUUUCGAAAAGAAUAUGUUCAGCUUAACGAUCGUUCUUAUUUCUACGUGAUAAAAGGAAAGAGAAAAAGAGAGGUAACGCUUGAAAGAAUUCGUGAAUUUUGUGACACGUGAUAUGAUUAUCGUCUCUCAGUGCUUGUUUGUGUUCUUAUCAUUCGAUUUCUUCGUUAAUUCUAAUUCGAUUGGAUUGUGAACUUGCUUCGAUGAUUAAUUUAAAAUGAUUCUUCAUUGUCGUUGAAAGGGAAGAAUUUUUCUAACUUGUUUCUUGUCCUCCGUUCGUUAAAACACGACGAUAUAUAUUUGUAAAAGUAAGAUCGUGAUUAAAAAAAAAGAUGUUGAAGCACGUGUCGGUGUCGCCAUGGAGAGGGCGAGCAGACAGCGUGAGUCUCUCUUCGAGCGGGGGUGCGAGUAGUUGCGGAAGCGGAAGUCCAACCCCUGGUCACACGCCACCACCGUCGAGAGCAUCCUCCUGUGCGUCUUUAGCACCCUUGACCGCUCUCUCGAGUUUUUCUCCGGCUGAUACAGCACCACAACAGACGACCAUAAAGGUGUAUGCAAAUUGUCUACGACCAGAUAUCGAGUACAAAACCCUGAGCAUUACUUAUGAGACAACGUGUCGCGAGGUUGUUCAAAAUUUGUUAAACAAAUACCGUAUGAGGCACCGUGACCCAAGACUUUUUUACAUGACCAUGGAAGUUACAGUAAGAAGGGCCAAUGUACGUACGAUUUUGCCACUCGACGAGGAUGCCAGACCUGCUGUACUUCAAUCUUGUCAUCCACGAGGCGAUUCCAGAUUUUCUUUACAGACACGUCGUGGUGGGCUUGUGAAAAUAUACGAUAGUGCUCUCAUGUCUGGCUCAAAGUACAAGAGUCUGCUCGUUUCCGAACAGACCACCGUGGACGAACUGAUCCAGAUGUUAUUGAGUUGCUAUAGUUCGAAAGAACGGGUCGAACAAUUUUCUUUAUACGAAGUCUGUGAAGGGGAGGAAUACCAGAGGAAACUUCAUCCAGAUGAUUCACCUCUUAAAGUUACGCAACGAUGGACGAGCGCGGAUAGACACUUACGUAUACGACGUAAUCCCGAUUAUAAUCCACACAGGAGAAAGAGUAUGUGGGCGUCGGACUCGAGUAUCAGUAUGGCGAUGUCGCGGCUAAAUCUUCAUGGUGAUCAUCGUCAUUAUUCACAGAGCGAAAACAAUAAUCAUCUUCUUCUUCAUCAGCAUACCAAUAACAAUAACAAUAAUCACAAUAACAACAACAAUCAUCACAAUCACAACAACAACAACAACAAUAAUAAUAAUAAUAACAAUACGAGUACUACGAACAACAAUGUUCACAAGCUCGAUCAGCAUCAUCAUCAUCAUCAUCAUCUAUCAUUAGGUUCGAUCAAUCAACAAUCCAGAAUAGUUGUGCCGCAUACAACGCAAUUGCCACCAUUGCAAUUGUCGCGUGUGCAACAACAACAGCAACAACAACAACAACAACAACAACAAUUGCCUCUGAGUGUCCCUUCAACGCCGAUCUCCUCGAAACACGUUUCAACAGCUGCUUAUAAUGAUUAUGAAAAUUAUCUCUUCAUAUGAGUGAUUAUUAACGAACGAUCAUACUCGUUCGUUUUUACUAAAAUAUACUCUCAUUUCGUAUGUAAUGAGAGAGAUAUAAUAUUCAUGAGAGAUUACGAUGUAGUACAAGAAUUCUUUAAUGUUAAGAAGUUAACGUUAUUACCUGAUUUAUACUUAAAAUUGCAUUCUUUAUUUACGUUAGACGUUACACGUAACGCAUUCGUCGUUGUUCCUUUUCAAAGCGAUCUAAGAAAAGAUCUGUCGAUCUUUUCUGUUUCUACCAAAAAAGAAAAGAACAAGAAAAAAAAAAAGAAAAAAAAAGAAUAAUCGAUAAUUAUCAAAGAACAUGGUCGACAUUCAUUAUGCUACGAAACAAAGAGAAUCACGAUUGUAGUCAGUAGAAGAGAAAAAUUGUACCAAAGGUAGAUCUACGAAAUGAUUAAUAAAAAGAAAAAAAAAAAGAAAAAA